AUGAGAGCCAGGAGUGAGAUGCCGCUGGCCAUCGUCGCCCCGGGUCUCAACUCCAAGAGGAAGAAGAAGAGGAGGAAGAAGAAGAAGAAGGCCGUGUGUGGCUACAUUCGCGUGGAUCUCUCGUGCUGCCGCUAUCAAAUCCUUCGCAUCGUGCUGCGAAAGCUGGGCUGGGAGGUGACCACCGAUGAUAGCAAGCCAUGGCAUCUCAUCUGGACAGAUUGUUCGAUCGGUCCCGACAAGCUCAUGAUGCUCAAGCGCGGCCAGAAGAUCAACCAUUUCGUGGGAAUGCUGGAGAUUUGCCGCAAGAAGGCGCUGGCUCGCAACCUCUCCAUGAUGCGCAAGAUCUUUCCUGCAGCAUAUAAGUUCUUCCCGCGCGCUUUCAUCCUCCCCAACCAGCUCACGCAGUUCAUGGCAAGAUUUAACACUCCCAAGCCGCGAACUUACAUUCUCAAGCCCGACACUGGCUCCAUGGGCCGAGGCGUUGUUCUCGUCCAAACUUCCGACGAGGUGAAGAACGCCAUGAAAGGUCUGCAUGGAGCAAACUUCGUGGCACAGAAGUACCUCACCAAGCCGAUGCUGCUCAAUGGCUACAAGUUUGAUUUGCGGAUUUACGUGUUGAUACUGUCGUGCAAUCCACUGCGACUUUACUUGUACAGAGAAGGCUUGGCUCGAUUUUGCACGGAGAAGUACAUGAAGCCCGACCACAAGAACAUCAAAGUGAGCCGGAUGCACCUCACGAACUACUCGCUCAACAAGUACAGCUCCAAGUUUGAGUUUAACAGCAGUACCACCGAAGUGAACAAAGGUAGCAAGUGGACACUCACUGCGUUGUUCAAGGCUUUGGCGGCGGAGGGCUUUGACACCAAUCAGCUCUACGAGCAGAUCAAAAGGAUGGUGGUCUUGACCGUCAUCGCCAUCGUCCCAGUUCUCGCUCACAGCUACAAGACGUGCCUCAACGAGGACGACAAUGGACGCUCGUGUUUUGAGCUGCUUGGCUUGGAUGUUCUUGUCGACGAGAAGUGCAAGCCAUGGCUGCUAGAGGUGAACCAUUCUCCUUCGUUUUCUAUAGACACUCCGCUGGACUACAUGGUGAAGGAGGCACUUAUCCUCGACACUCUGAAGCUCGUCAACAUCGAUCCCACAGGAAUGAGCAAAGUUAAGAUGGAAGAGAGACGGGACUCGCAGCUCAGGCUCUAUGGGAAGCUGGUCGAGGAAUGCGAAGAUUCUGACGUAGCCGAGGAAGUCAGUACAAAGGAAACUUGCGAGAACCACGUCGAGGGCGAAACCAGGGGCAGCUUCGACAUGAUCUACCCGACCGAGGAAGCCAACUUGCAAAAGUUUUACGACCGGUGCCUAGCCGGAGCUUCCGAGCUCUUCACGCACUCUUUUGACAUGAAAGUGAAGAAAGAGAUAGCCAAAGUCCAGGAGGAGAAGAGGCAGGAAGAGGUGGUGAGGCAGGAGGCUGAGAAGCGGCGGGCGGAGAUGGAGCUGCGAAAGAGAGCUCGUGAAGCGGCCAAGAACGUAGCGAUCCUGAGGAAAGAGGCACUGAGCCAACGUGCUACUGCUGCUGCUGCCGCUGCCGCCGCCGCCGCUGCUUGCCGAGUGAGAAACGAUGGACAAACCGUGACAACCACGACCACGACGAUGACCGCCACCACCACAACCACAACCAGGACGACCACUGUCAAGCGCUCGUCGAGCAGGCUCGGAAAGAAAUCGCCAUCGCCGACAGUCUCCCUGGGAACUUCUUCCGUGUCCAUGGCAAUGUCACUGGUUGGAUCUCCCAUCACCUCUCCCGCGACGUCGACGCCAAAGUCGAGAGCGAUGGAGGUGGAGGAAGAGAUUGUCCAAGUGGAAGUCGAGGAAGCUCCAGGCGAUCGGGAAGAAAGCGUGCAAAGGCUGGUGGAGCUCUUCGACGAGAUACCGGAGCGAGUUGGCGGGAGAAGGCCGGACUCAGCCUCAGCUCGAAGCUCGGCAGUGGACGAGGCCACCACGACACUCAACGACAUUCUCUUUCCCCGGGUGGAAGCACAGCCAUGCCCGAAGAUCCCGAUCCACCAUCGCAGGGAGCACUCGUCGGAGCUGGAAACAACGUCGUCAAACUCUCCCCAGCAGCAGCAGCAUGAUCACACACUUGGUUUCGGCAGCAAGACCAUCUCGGACUUCUUCACCACCAAGAAGCUUAAAGCCGAGACCAAGUGUGCUCACUGCCAGAGACACCAGGGACGAGCUCUGGCGCUCAAGAACGCCAACGCGCUCCCCAUGACGCUCCACGAGAUGACGACGCUGGCGUCGAGCUUCCUCACGCACAGAUGGGAGCACGACAGGUCGUCGGCCAAGUCCAUCCCGCUCAAGAAAACCAUGGGAGUGUCCGAGAGCAUGAAGGCACAGUUCCGGUCUAAGCUUCUCAACUUCCAGCGCACCGGGGGAUUUCUCGCCAAUCCAAGCUUGCUCAAGCCACUGCAGCGGAUGCCAUGGGACGCUUCCACGAACUCCAAUCGUCACAGGCAAAAGCUCAACAUCAUGCUUGAGACAACGCAACUGGCACCAUCUUGA